GUUAGACUCCAGAUUUAGAGUCUAGAUCUAGAUCUAGAUCUAGAAUGGCAAAGUUUAUGAAAACCCUUGUUCCUAUACUGUUUUUUCAUUCAAACUCAUUUUGUCUCUGUCGAAGUAGUUGUAGGUUGCGGACAUGCUUACCUUAUCCUUAUCUACUACACAAGAAGGGGUUUCAUGAUUUUUCCUCAUAUGGCAUCAAUUCUUCAGUCAUAUUAAGAUUAAGAUCACCAAGUUCUUUCUUGUUAGUCGAGAGUCCGACUCGUCAAAAUUUUAAGGCUGAUCCUUCUGUUUGUUUAGCAGGAGGUGGUCUUUACCUACCAAAGUAUACUGAGUUCCCUGGGGUAUUCUCUAUCUCAAGAAGGUUUUCCUCAUCUACACCUAACACAGACAGCAUGUCGUCAGAUAAGAAAAAGUUUGAGCGUCUGCCCACCGCAGUGGUGCCUGUCAACUACAAGAUCAGACUACAACCUGAUCUGGUGAAGCUGACUUUUGAAGGGUCAGAGGAGAUCAAGCUUCAGAUCAAAGAAGCUGUUUCUGAAAUCAAAAUGAAUGCUAAUGACAUAGAAGUUCAAGAUGCUAUGUACAGAUGUGCAAGUGGAGAAGUGAAAGCAAAAGUGAAAUACUACAAGGAAGAAGAAGAGGUUGGCUUUGAAUUUCCGUCUGAACUCGCGCCAGGCGAAGGUUUUUUGUCCAUGAAGUUCACGGGCGAACUGAAUGACAAAAUGCGGGGAUUUUAUCGCAGCGAGUACAAAGUAGGGGAGGAGAAAAGAUAUGCUGCAGUUACACAAUUUGAGGCAACAGAUGCCCGGCGUGCUUUCCCAUGCUGGGACGAGCCAGCGAUCAAGGCUACAUUUGAUGUCACUUUGGUUGUGCCGAAGGACAGAGUAGCACUGUCCAACAUGCCAGUUGUGUCUGAGAAAGAUGCGAGUUCGACUCUCAAGGAGCUGACAUAUGACACCACCCCAAUCAUGUCCACAUAUCUGUUGGCAUUUGUUGUUGGAGAAUAUGACUAUGUGGAGGCAACAGAUGAAGAUGGUGUUUUGGUGAGAGUGUACACCCCAACUGGGAAAAAGGAGCAGGGUCGCUUUGCUCUCGACGUUGCUGUGAAAACUCUGCCAUUCUACAACAAGUACUUUGGAAUUGCCUACCCUCUGCCCAAGUGUGACCUCAUUGCUAUUGCUGACUUCUCAGCAGGUGCCAUGGAGAACUGGGGUCUGAUCACAUACAGGGAGACGGCCCUGCUGGUUGACCCGGAGCAGACUUCGGCCCGCAUCAAGCAGUGGGUGGCUCUGGUCGUGGGCCAUGAGCUGGCUCAUCAGUGGUUUGGAAACCUCGUUACCAUGGAGUGGUGGACACAUCUGUGGCUGAAUGAAGGUUUUGCUUCCUGGAUUGAGUACCUGUGUGUUGACUACUGCUUCCCUGAGUACGACGUCUGGACUCAGUUUGUCAACAAUGACCUGGGACGGGCACUCGAGAUGGAUGCUUUGGACAACAGCCACCCCAUUGAGGUUGAGGUGGGACACCCUUCAGAGAUUGAUGAGAUCUUUGAUGCCAUCUCAUACAGCAAAGGUUCUUCAGUGAUUCGUAUGCUGCAUGACUUCCUUGGAGAUGAGGACUUUAAGAAGGGCAUGCACUUGUAUCUGACACGGCAUCAGUACAAGAAUACGUUCACAGAGGACCUGUGGGCUGCCCUGGAAGAGGCCAGUGGGAAGCCAGUUGGCAAGAUGAUGAAGACGUGGACUCUGCAGAUGGGCUUCCCGGUGCUCAAGGUCAGCCAGGAACAAAAUGGAGAUUCGCGACAACUGAAAGUCUCUCAGACCAAGUUCACGGCCGAUGGCUCAACUCCCACCAAAGAGUUCUGCUGGAUGGUCCCCAUUUCAGUCUGUUCCAAGGCCACUCCCACCACAGCCACAAACCUGGGCCUUCUGGAGGAUGCCUCAGCUACGUUCAACGUUCCGUCUGCACCAGAAGACAGCUGGGUGAAGGUAAAUGCUGGCUCAGUGGGAGUGUAUCGGGUCAUGUACCCGUCUGAGAUGUUGGAUGCCCUGGUUCCUGCUGUCAAAGAUCUCUCUCUGCCUCCCAAAGACAGAUUAGGACUUCAGUCAGAUCUCUUUGCCCUGUCCCGAGCUGGCCUCACGUCUGCCGUGGAUGUCCUGAAGGUGGCGCUAGCCUUUGAGAAUGAGCAAGAUUACACUGUCUGGUCAAACCUGGCCUCCAACAUGGCCACCAUCAGACACAUUUUGCAGUACUCGGACUGCCUUGCUGCCUUUAACAAAUUUACCUGUCAGAUGUUUGGCACGAUUGCUGCCUCUGUGGGCUGGGAUGUUCAGAAAGGAGAAGACACACUGAUGCCCAUGCUGAGAGAGGUGGUCCUGGGGGUGCUGGGCGGCUGUGGGGACAAGGGGACUGUGUCUGAGGCCAACCGCAGGUUCGAGGCCCACUGUGACGGCUCGAGCAAGUUGCCAGCUGACUUACGCUCCUGUGUCUACAGAACUGUUCUCGCCAAUGGAGGGGAAGAAACGUUUAAGAAAAUCUUGAAGCUUUAUGAUGAAGCAGAUAUGCAGGAGGAGAAAGUGAGGAUCAGCCGCUCUAUGGGUGCCGUGCGGGACGCCGAGCUCAUCAAGAGAGUGUUGGACUUCUCCCUGUCUGACAAAGUGCGCUCUCAAGACACAGUGUUUGUGAUCGGAGGCACCACUGGCACUGCCCUGGGACGGGACCUGGCCUGGAAGUUCUUCCAGGAUAACUUCGAGACUCUGAACAAACGUUACGAGGGCGGCUUCCUCCUCUCCCGUCUCGUGCAGUCGACAACUGAGGGUUUUGCCACAGAAGAGAAAGCAAAGGAAGUUGAGGCAUUCUUCAAGGCUAAUCCAGUUUCGGCUGCUGAGCGCACUGUCCAGCAGAGCAUUGAGAAUAUCCGGUUGAACGCGCGCUGGCUUCAGAGAGAGCUGCCUGCCGUCACAGAGUUCCUGAAAGCUUUCAACUAAACCCGCCCAUUUGGUAGGGAGAGAGAAAACACCCCAUUCAUUCUUUGGACCAAUGCAGACCUUUUGUUUCCUACUGAAACGGGUUCACCUUUAUCUUCUAAUGUGUAUUUUGAUUCCACUUUUAUUUUGGCAGAUCCACUCAAGAUUUUAUUUUUCCAUUUCCUUAGAAAUUAUUGAAGUUUUCAGUAAAUUUGUGUUUUUUAGUCGGCUUCUCAGAUUUGCCAAAAGUAUUUUGUGUGUGUUGCUUCAGCAGAUUGAAAUAAACAUAUGUGGUUGCAAAUUUACUAGAACUUUUUAAAAUCUUAUGCUAUUGAAAUUUGAGUUGUACUUUACAAUCAGCAACAUUUUACUUAUUGCUCAUGUCUAGAGUAGUUUUGAUGUCUCUUUUUGGUACCUAGUUUAUGAUGUUGAUAAAAGUUUUGUAAUUGGUAAGCACUUAAGAUUUACCUUUUAAUCCAGACAUCAUCAUUUUCUUUAUCAACAGUAUAUCAACAGUUAGGCAUAUUUUUUUAGCAAAGACACAUUUCUUUACAUUAGAUUAAAUUUUUGACAGGUGUUUCAAAAUACCCAAAUGUCAUUUUUGAUGCUGGUCACUUUUAAACGUGUAUGUUUUUGCUCACCAAUUUUCCCUGUCCAUAAAUUUUGUGACUCCUAAAUUUAUAAUUUUGUCAGUUAUAUGAUAGUUUGUUUUUUUUUCUUCCUUUUUUAUUGUCUGGCCCAGCAUUCUGUGACAUCCACACUGUGCUUUCAUAACAAAUAUUAAGACUAAGACUUCCUCUUUUUCUUCCCUCCUUUGUGCUGUCAGGGUAAAUGGCCUGUCCUUUAAGAAUGGUCUAUGGCUGUCUUGGACUUUUCAGAAUAAUAGUCUUUCACACACAUAGUGAACACAUACGUAGCAAACAGAUUUUUCUGUCCGUAAUUUUUUUUUCAUAUUCAUAUACAUUCUUUGUAUUUAAAACAUGUGCAUAGCGAGAUUCAUGGAUUAUGGAACGAUUUCUGCAACCUGCUAAUUUUGCUCUGUGCAUUCUAGACUAGUUUCUUGAUUUACCCAACAAGUUGUGAGAUUUUUCUUGUUUCACCACUCCUCAGCCCUUGGUAUUGGUGGGGGGAGGGGGAGGAUUCAAAAUUGCAUACUGAUCAGUGAUUAUUACAUCCCUUUGUUAUAAGUGUAUGACAUGAGACACUGAUAAUACAUAAUAAAUCAGUUAUAAAGGAAAAGCUUCAAUGGCUCCUUUUUCAUGUAUUGAAGGAAAAGGUCACUUCUUGUAUGCCUCUCAGAGAUUUUUGAAAGUACUUAUCUCAUUUUCACAUUUCUAUGGCCGACGCAGCUGUUAUUGGCAGCAAACCAUUCAGAAAGGGAGGAGAUGAUGUUUCAAAAUGGUCUUUUUUUUGUGUAUCAAAUGAAGGGUGACAAUCUGUAUGUUGAAUCAAAAUAUUUGUCUGAGAUCACAUAGUACCUUUGUAAUUCCUGUUCCUCUCCAUCUGUAAACAUUUUUUCUCAAAAUCUCCACUCCAAGCACUGUCAGAGUUGUGCAACAAACUGGAUGACACAAUGUAACGUUAGCUUUGUCUGUGUGUCGACCUUUUGAAGCAGUAUUUACGUCUAUAUGCCAACUUAUUUGAUGUUGCUGUGGUGAUUUUUGCCCAUGGCCACACAAACUUAAUACUGGGUGCUUGGCGGGUGCUCUGGUGUGGUUUGCUCCUUCUUUCCUAUCAAACAUCUAUUUUCCUUGUAAGUCUCUCCUUUUUUAUGUUUAUAAUUUUUCUUCAAAGACAAACCUGGUAUUUAUUAGCAUAUAACCUGCAAAGUUGCUGUCGCGCAUUGACCCUUCAUUGGUUCUGCAUGGGUGUGAAAUGUUGGGCUUGGGUAUUCUCAAGUCAUUUGUCUCAUUGGAAAUGUUGUUUUUUUCUUCUGUUUAUUCUAAAUAUUGAGGCAGUCAGUCAGAGACUGGUGCAUUUUGUUGUACUUUUGAAAAUGUAAGUCUUCUGACUGACAUAGUUCGACUUACUUUUUAAAAAAUUAGUUAAGCUUCUGUGUUUGUGUUGUCACACAGCCACAGAUGAUAAUAUCAGAGAAAACUGUGAGUGCACUGGAAAUGCCAGUGAUGUGCUUGUCUCUAGUAGACUUAAUGUCAAACAAGCUGUGUAGGUGUAUGGUUUUUUUUGUUUUUGUUUUUCUUUUCUGACAGCAUGUAAUACUUCAAAGGGUUUUCUUUUUUUAAGACUUCAGUUGAAACCAUAAGUGUUGUAUAUGUUUCUAAUGAAAUUGGACAAGUUUAUAAAAUUUGUUUGAAAACUUAAUUGAGUACGUGUGGUGUACAUUCCUAAAGUGUCAUGAUCUGAUGGAGUGUUCCAAGUCAUUUAAAACUGAAACAAUGAAUGAAUGUUCAAGUGUUACAUGUAUUUGUAUUAUUAAAAGAAUACAACACUUUAAA